AUGCUAGGUCCAUACUCCAAAAUUUUGGAAGAACUGGGCCUCUGGACCCACUGUUGUCUUCAGCAAGAUACUGAAUUCAUUUAUAGAAACCAGAAUGGCACAGUGAUUCUGAGGAAUGUUGAAACUAACAAUUCAACAAUAUUAAUAGAAAACAAAAAAAUUGUUUCCUUAAAGGCUAUUCGAUAUGAAGUGUCACCUGACCGGGAAUAUGCACUUUUUGCUUUUAACGUUGAACCAGUGUAUCGGCAUUCAUAUACAGCAUAUUAUGUCCUCAGCAAAAUACCUCAUGGGGAUCCCCAGAAUUUGUUUCCCCCUGAGGUCAGCAAUGCAAAGCUUCAGUAUGCUGGUUGGGGUCCAAAAGGGCAACAGCUGGUAAGAGAAAGAACAAGCGUGCAAAUGAGUUUAGAGACCAUGCUGCUAUUAUUUUUAAGGAAAAAGAAUAAAUUUUUAUUGACUAGUUUGUUGAAAUAUGUGUGGUAGCUUCUAGUAUCUGUAUGGGGAUUGUUUUAUCAUGUAAUCUAUUUAUAAAAUUCCCAAAUAUAUACAUUUGCUGCAAAGUAAUUGUGUCUAAAAAUACAAAGAAAGAACACUUUUUGAAGGCUCUGUGAGA